CGAACGGAAAAGGACGAGCAGGAAGGCUCCUCGCUGCGCCCCCGCCCUCGCUGCUUCGGAGAGAGCCGAGGAGGCUUACUUACUAUCGCUUGCAGGCACUGAGGAAGGGGAGGAGGACCGCGGAAGUGGGAGAAAACCCCCUUCGUUCCACCCCACCCCCAAGACCCGGUCCUGCCAAUUUUUCCCAGCAGCCAAGAGGUAACGGAGCUGUUCUUCAGCACCGCGAUGCGGGGGAGCUGUCCAUUUCAGCACCACCCGGCCCCAAUGCAGUAGCUCCCGAGACGAGAUCUGGAGCGCCAGGCGCCGGCAGCCUCUCCUGCAGCAAGCCCGCCUGCCUGCUUCCUGCUUUCCCUCCUCUCCCGAAGAUCUCCCAGGGAAGGGGGAGGAAAUCCGUCUUCCUUCUCCCCCCCUCCUCUGCCUAACCUAGAGAAAUAUCUUUCUCUGUUUCACCACCCAACCUUGGCGCCUCCAAUAACAACUGCUGCUCUGCCGCUCUGCCUCUCUGCCUUGAGGAGGGGGGAGAAAGACCGGAGCCCACGAGAAGAAGAGCCAUGGAAGGCAAAACCUCCGCACCUGUUCAGCUGAAAUCAAGGGCUUACAAUAUACUGGCCAAGCUGGUUCGGUGGUAGGAAGAAGGCGAAGAGAUAAAGCCAGGAGAGACAGAAGAAAAGAAGGAAGGGGGGAAAGGGAUCGGAAGGGAAGCGAGCCGACAAAACAAACCCCCCUUCCAAAAACAAAACAAAAAUACGAAUAAGAAUCCGAAGAAGAUAACUGGGAAGGAAAGGAUUUUUUCAUGGCGCAGGCUGCAGAGCUAAGCAAGAAGGCUGAAGGUGGCAUCUCUGCUCUUACGGUCUCUAACUGUCUAGGUCCAGAGAAUGAGCGAGUGUGUUGAGGAUGCUGCUUCUAUUGCCGCUGCUGCUGCUGCUGCUGUUCCCCUCUUCACUGUGGAAGCCAUCUCCAAAUUAGCCAUUACAUAUGGAAACUGGAGACCAGAAUUUUAGGAAAAGGGAUUAAGGCAUCUCAUUUUGGGAGGGGGGUGUUCUCUAUUUUUUCCCUUUGUUUUAUUUUUUAAGAAUAAUAUAUAUAUAAGAUAUAUAUACAUACAUAUAUAUAUACAAAUAUAUAUAUAUUUAUCUUAUCUUCUAAGAUAACCGCCAGAACGUUUCUCUUUUCAAAGGCCAGCCUCUUUCUUUCCCCGUGUGAUUUUUCCCCCUCCCAUUUACACUGAUUCCGUGGGCUUUCUUACCUCCUUUUUUAUAUAUAUACAUAUAUAUAUAUAUACAUACAGAUAUAUCUAUAUCUAUAGAUAUAGAUAUAGAGAUCUAGAUUUCUCUCGAAUAGAUACCAUUAUUUAUUUAUUUAUUUAUUACUACUCUUAUUAAUAUUAUUAGAGGAAAAUAUUAUUAUUAAUAAUAUUAUUAUUUUAUUUUAUUAUUAUUCUUAUUCUUAACCUACACACCACACACACGGCCCAAGAAUCAGAAGGCGGUGGGGGUCUUUGUAGAAUGAAGAAUUAUGGGGCUGUUUGACCGAGGUGUUCAGAUGCUUUUAACCACCGUUGGUGCUUUCGCUGCCUUCAGCCUCAUGACCAUAGCUGUGGGGACCGAUUACUGGCUUUACUCCAGAGGGGUUUGCAAGAUGAAAGGGACCGGAGAGAACGAGACCAGCAAAAAGAACGAAGAAGUCAUGACCCAUUCUGGAUUAUGGAGAACCUGCUGCCUGGAAGGAAAUUUUAAAGGUCUGUGUAAGCAAAUCGAUCACUUCCUCGAGGACACAGAGUAUGAAGCCGACACAGCAGAAUAUUUCCUCCGGGCUGUAAGGGCCUCUAGUAUUUUUCCGAUCCUGAGUGUGAUUCUGCUUUUCAUGGGUGGACUCUGCAUUGCAGCCAGCGAGUUCUACAAAACCCGACAUAACAUCAUCCUUAGUGCCGGCAUCUUCUUCGUGUCUGCAGGUCUGAGUAAUAUAAUUGGCAUCAUUGUGUACAUAUCAGCCAAUGCUGGAGACCCCUCGAAAAGUGACUCCAAGAAGAACAGUUACUCUUACGGCUGGUCCUUCUACUUCGGAGCCCUGUCCUUCAUUAUAGCCGAGAUGGUGGGAGUGCUGGCCGUACACAUGUUUAUUGACCGGCACAAACAGCUGCGUGCCAGUGUUCAUGCCACGGACUACCUCCAGUCCUCUGCCAUCACCCGCAUACCCAGCUACCGCUACCGCUAUCAGAGACGCAGUCGCUCCAGUUCCCGUUCCACUGAGCCUUCACACUCCAGGGAUGCCUCUCCCGUCGGGAUCAAAGGGUUCAACACCCUCCCCUCCACGGAGAUCUCGAUGUAUACCCUGACCAGGGACCCCAUGAAGGCUGCUACUACCCCUACCGCCACCUACAAUUCAGACAGGGAUAACAGCUUCCUCCAAGUUCACAACUGUAUCCAAAAAGAAAACAAGGACUCUAUCCACACUAACACAGCCAACCGCCGGACCACCCCUGUAUGAAGCCGUCGAGAGGGGGCUGAAAAUGGGGGGCGGGGAAGGUGGGAGUGGGAUUUGGGUGCAGGAAGGGAGGGAGCAGCAGGGGAGGGCAGCGGGGUGGGGAGAGGAGAAAGCAACCUUGGGGAAACCUUCCAAACGCAAAAAACAAAAAGAAAAGAAACAAAAACAUAAGUGAAACUUCCAAAAAGAAACAAAAUGUUGAAAAAAAACAGAAAAAGGGGGGAAAAACUUUUUAAAAAAUCAAGAGAAAUAAAUUUAAAAAUAUUAAAAAUAGAAAAUAAAUUUAAAAGAAAAUGCAUGAUUUCCCAUGUACCAUUAUUUUAACAUUUAAUAAAAACAGAUUUAAAAAAGGAACCAAGAAAUAACAAAAAACGAAUAAUAAUUUUAAAAAACCAAGUGGGAAGAAGAGGCGGCAGCUCUUUGGAUUUGGGGGUGGGGUACUCUUUAAGUUUGUUUUCCUUUUGUUCUGUUUUUUAGUUUGUUUUCUUUCUGCUUUUAACCCACUGUGGACUCGCAGGUUCCUGAGCAUCUCCAGGCAGUAGUGAAAACGCAGUGACGUUGGUGUCUCUGCAAAUGCCUUUCUGCACAGUUGUGUUGGGGCCUGCCUGAAGUCACUCCCUGUGGCCCGUGGAGUGGCUGGUGAAUCAACACGUCCUUGUCGGGUCCACAGGGCUUAACAGUAACCUUUCUGCCCUUGAGGGUUCGAAGGGUUAAUGCUGAUUCACUCAUUUCUAGGUCUCAGAAAGUUCAGGCUGAUCCACUCAGCCUCACUACUGUGUGGCUGUCCUGGGGUUAAACAGUAACAUUGCAAAAAAACAAAAAAAAAGCUUCAUAAAAAAAGUGGCAAUUUUUUAAUAAAAGAAAACUAACUAUAAAUAAAUGUAAAUAUAAUAAGUGGAUUUACUUGCAAGAAAGCCAGUUAGUAUUUUUUUUCUUUUCAUCUUUUCUUUUUCCCAGCUUGAAAACUGUGAAAACUAAAUUCUUAGGGGUUGAGAGGCUUCUAAGGAGAAAAUGGAAAUUGAAUCCAUUCAAUGACAAACAACAGGAACUUUUAAAAGACUCCUAGAACUUGGUCAGCUGCUUGGAGUAGGGUGCAUUUCCCUCACUGGCCACGAGAACAUUGGGCUGGGGGAAAGAGAUCUCCUGCCAAGGAGAGAUAGAUGCUGCUAAUGCUGGGUUCAGGUCACCAAACAAGGACUAAACGUGGUGCUGGAGACCUCUGCUCAAAUUUCCUCUUGGGGAAGGCAAAUGUGCCGCCCUCCCUCUGCCUUCCCUCCAAGGCUCGAAAAAGAAGCAGACAGGCAAAAUGGUCCCUUCUUGCUGCUGACUUCCAUUUUGUUUACGUUACUAGCUUUCCUGUUUCAAGGACAGGCCUUCUUGCCAGAUUUAACUGUAGCAUCCCUCCCAUGCACACCAACCAAGACUUAGCUCCAAUGACAAGGAUAUCCUACAAAGCGAUUCCCUGGUUUCAUUCUGUUGCCAGUCACCACAGGUAGCUGUUGGCUCACCCUGCCUUACAUAAGAGAGCCACCUGCAUGAUGGCCAUGAUCAGUUUGAGACCCUUCUGACCCUGUGUCUUUAAGAAUACAGGAAAAAUAAUUUUGUCAGUUUCAGAUUUUCCCCACCAUCACAGCACAGGAUGGGAGAAAUUGCAACUUCUCAUAUCUUCUAAACUGUGUUUGAGGUCCGGGGAGAUAGGUUGUCCCCCAUGGAAUCAGCCAGUGCUACAAAUUGCAGCAGAAAGAGAAGAAGGGUGACCCAUAAAGUUCAACGUCCAUAGGGGGACAAUUUCAUCCUCCUCCCACUAAGAACAUCAUGCCAAACAGAAAGGAAGGCAUAACAUAUGGUGCAGUCUGCCUGGAUGAUUCCUUGGAAAGCAUAAAGGCACAAGGGAAGAGAGUGCUACAAAUAUUGUCCUCCCUGAGCCCAAACCUUCCAUCAAAAGCUUCUUGGUCCUCUUCUGUUGACUCCUGCUGUCAUUUAUGGUUGUAAAGAGCCUUUGUAAAAUGCUACAACAGGCCUACAAUUAUCUGUAAGGGGCUCCUGUGCCUUCAAUAGCUGAGUAGCAAGAAGAGAGGUGGUAGCAGGUUCCAUGUUUCCCAUUAUGCAGCUCAUUGCAGGCUGAGGCGCCCAUCUUAUGUGUCUGUCUUAUGUGGAAGGGGCAAUAUUUGCAGUCUUAGGAGACUAAACUUCCCAUUUUCACUUUGCUGACAGGCCUGGACCACCCAAUCCAAAGUCUUUGCUUGCUAAGCUGUCUGCAUUCAUUAUGGAGCAAGGAUGUAGAUGCUGUAGGGCAGUAGAAAAAUCAGCCUCCCUGGUCACGUGCUUGACCUUCUUUACUUAUCAUCACUGAUUCAGUUGCAGUCCCUUCUGUUUUGCAUCCAUGCACCUUAAAUAACUUAUCCCGCUACCCUCAUUGCAACCCCCACAGGGAGCAACAUUCAAUAGAUAUUCAAAUCACCAUAACCUUGGUCCCACUGCUGCUUAGUUAUCAUUAUUGUGCUGAACGCCAAUGCUGUGUGAGGAACCAUUGCCUCUCUUAACACUGCUCCUGGGAGGUAAAUAUGAGCCAGGUCUGAAAAAGGAAUGAUGGGUGGGUCAAGCAGAGAUUAUGCUUCCACCAGCAUGAGGCAAUGCGUUAACUUUUAAGCGCAAACCUGGGUUGAAUCAAAUGAGAGGCCCAACGUCUUUGAAGGAGCAAAAUUUCAGGCUACAAAUGGUUUGCAGAGAGGAAUCUAACCAUUCCUCUCAACCUUUGUAGAUUCUUCCUGUUCAAAUUGGUAUUCUUCGGGUUCAAAGAGUCUUCGCUUCCCACCACCGCUCAGCUCCUGAAGAAAACUAAAUGGGAUCAGGGGGAAAAGCACAUACUGAGCAUCGCGGCCCGGUUUAAUGCUGACUUUCUCCCAUGUUUCUUCUCUUACAGAGGAGAAUGGAGUCCUUCCCAGGGCAGGGUGAGUGAGAAGUAUGUGGGAAUAGUGAGCCGGUGGCAGAAUAAGUUCUCCCCAGGCGUCUGCAGGAGAGGUCUGUCAUGGCUGAAGAGCCCCAAGGCAGCUUGGGUGACAAUAGGAACUCAUAUGGAAGACCCCAUUCUGUACUGAAUGUCUAGAAUCCCUGCUAAAUCCCAAACCUCAGCCUGCAAUCCUCUUAACAAUGCAAAGGGCCAAAAGGGUUAAAUAAAACCAUUAUCCAAAGUCCCAGCGAUGAGUUUAAACCAGUUUCCUGUACUCCAGCAUAGGCAAAGGGUGGAAUUGUUGGUUUAAAUCCCAAAGCUGCUUUCAAGAACUUGAUAACUGUAGAGUUCUUGAGCAUUUUUGAUUGAAUAAAGAUGAAUGCAUGUGCAGUGUGUAUGUGAGUGUGUGUGUGUGUGUGUGUACAUGCAUAUGCAUGUGUAUGUGUGAGGGAGGGAGGGUGAAAGUGGGGGGGGGGGGAAGAAGAAGGAGGACUCAGAUUGAUGGAGAUAUUUUUUCCAAGGAUACUGCUUAUGUUCAGCUCAAACCAGUUCAAGAAACAAACCUCCAUUUUCUUUAUUUUGUGUUUUUUUUCAGACUGUUAAAAAGAAAAAUUUUAAAAAGAAGAAAAUUACACACAAAAAAUCCUGGUACAUGAAAUAAAGAUUUUUUUAAUAUAA